CAAGGCGGCGCUAGUGUUACUUCACUGUCGCAGCUCUGCAUGUUUUCUGAGCCAGAGUCGGGGUUUGUCUGGCUGCUGCAGUGGUUUUUAGGCUGUCUGAAAGUCACUGGCCGUCUGAAGGACACAUGUGAAGAGAGAAAUAUUGUCAUUCAUAUUCGUAAUAUCCGGACGUCUCCAUUAAACAAGACCCACACCUUCCAGUUGCGGGACUCCUCCGCGGCUGUAUAAGAAGCUAACGGGACGCUAGCGUCCCACGGCGAUAGGUUAACAGCGCUGUUGGUAAUACUGUCCCACCGCCAGAUGAAGCACGAUGCAUCCAGAGCAGCAGACAACAAGCCCUGCCCUGCACAGACGAAGGGCAGAUUCCAGCCCCCAGGGCGUGAUGAGCACAAGCCCAGUGCAGGGCCUCAUCCAGGCUGCCAUGCCUCGUUUCUUCUGCUUUCUGCUCCCCAGGGUCCAUGCAGCUGAUGUGACUGCUGGGCAGCUGCCCUCCUCCUCUCCCACCACUAGUCCUGCUCCUGCAGCCGUGCCCCGAUCCAGCACUCUGCCAAAGAUCAUUGGCAAGCCAGAAUUUCCUGACACAGGAUGGGAGCGCAUCAAGGACCUCUUUGAUCGAGAUGAGAAGCAGAGACACCCAGAGGAGCUCACCUCUGUGAUAAAGUGUGCUGUUGUGGCUGCACUCACAGGCUUCUUGUACGGCGGCCUGCCAGCUGCACGCUUCGCCAGACAGAGGUAUAUUCAAAUCAGCCAGGCAGAGGUGUACACGAGUCGCGUGGAAGCGGUCCGUUCAGCUCACAAUGCAGCUAUCCGAGGAUUUUUGCGAUACGGGUGGAGAUGGAGCUGGAGAGUGUCUCUGAUAGUCACUUUGUUCAGUUCUGUCAACACUGGCCUGUCUGUGUACAGAGACAAAAAUGCCCUCAGUAAUUAUGUUGCAGCUGGAGCCGUGACUGUAGGCCUCUUCAGACUGAACCUGGGCCUGAGAGGGCUGGUGGCAGGAAGCAUCAUUGGAGCUGUCCUAGGGAUUCCUGUGGGUGCUUUGGUUGUCGGCUUGCAGUCUUUGACAGGAGAAACUACCAGAGAAAGGAGGCGGCGAGAGCGCAGAGAGCUUUAUGAGCUCAAACACGCAGAAUGGACGGCCCGUCUGCAGAUGACUGAUGAGUUGAUAGACAGCUUGAACAUCACUGCUCAGCCAGAAGAAACCAAUAAAGACCUGGAGAGGAUUCAAGAACUGCUCACCUUGUCACGGAGUAACGAUGUGGGAAAAGACUCCAGCAGCCAAUGACUGUAGCUAAAUCCCUCUCUGGUAUUUUUCACUCUUUAAAGGUGGGACAUAUUUUUAUUGAAAGGCUAAAAUGUUGCCUUCUUUGCCUGGACUCAAGAUUUGAAGAUGCGAAGACUUUUCAUCAACUAGCUGUCAGAACCUGGAAGCUUGUUAAAUGUUAAUAAAGAACAGAAUGAUUUUAAAAUCAUUUCCACUAACACUUUUAUGAAGCAUAGUCAUGGGAACUAAUAAAUAUGUCUUAACUUACAGUUGGAUUUGUAAAUAUUUAGGAUUUUUCAAUAAAAGCAUCUUAUUAAAGA